AUGGUGAACAAAAGAAUUCAAAAGUUGCUUCAAAAUACCAGAGGACGAUCUAGAAGAGAAGAAUCAAAUAAUAGAGGAUUAAAUGGUGAAAAUGAACCACAAGAUGUACCACUGCCGCACUCUCCAUCGGAAACACAAAAUGCUGAAUUGGACUUACAACACAAUGUUGAGCAUAAUGAGGAAGGUUCAUCUCAAAGGAGCCAAAAUACACGGGGCAGGACAGUGAUGAGGGAUGUUCAUUCAUUAGGUCCCAAUGACUUACUAGUUGUAAGAUUUAAUGAAAGGGGUCAACCUUAUGGAGAAAUGCAACCCACGCUUUCAAAUUUUGUGGGAACGAUUGCUCGAAAUGGAAACUUGUUACCCCUUAGUUUUCUAGACUGGAGGAAAAUACCUAAAAAUCGUUUGGAUUUUGCAUGGGGAUAUGUAACUGAACAUUUUUGUAUCCCUACUCGCCACAAAAAAAUUGUGAUGAAAAUGAUGGGAGUUGCAUGGAGGCGAUGGAGGGCCGAAGUCAAGGCAACGUCUUAUGACCCAAAUAUUCCUUUAGAUGAGCUCUUGCAAAUUCGUCCUGUCCCUCAUAAGCUGACACUCGAGGUUUGGGAAACUUUAUGUGACUAUUGGAAGAAGAAUGAGUUUCAGGGAAAUGGUGUAAAACCUACUCGUAUUGAAAUAUUAGAAUUAAGUUGUCAUAGUAAAAAGAAAGGAAGGUCUCCUAUUGCUGAUGAAGCUAUACAACAUGAGACUUUAUUGAAUGAGGCUGCGAAAUGUCAUCUCCAAGACAUGCUGGAGGGAAUAGAUCCAAGACAAGUGCAUGAGCAAGCAUUUCAAUAA